GCUCACCUUGGAGCUACUCGUCCACAAGGUUCGCUACUGUGAUGAUACUUUUCUGGGUGCCAAGGCUGUCUGUCUUGGGACUUUGCGCUCAAUGCUCUGCGUCUACAGUCGUCUCGAGGCGGUCCAUAUAUAAGGUCUGCCCAUUGUGUGAUGCCGACGGUGAAGAUGGCCUGACAACGCAAGAGGCAUCACGCCGACUUGAGGAGUAUGGACGGAACGAGCUCGGCGACGCCGGUGGCGUUAAUCCUGGGAAGAUCCUAAUCCGUCAGAUCGCCAACGCGAUGACAUUAGUAUUGAUUCUGGCUAUGGCCGUGUCAUUCGGCAUCCGAUCGUGGAUCGAAGGGGGCGUGAUCGCGGCUGUCAUCAUCAUCAAUAUCUCGGUGGGCUUCUUCCAAGAGUUUCAAGCGGAGAAGACGAUGGAUAGCCUGCGCUCGCUAAGCUCGCCUACUGCGAAUGUUGUGCGCGACAAGCAGAACGUCAGCAUAUCGACGAGUGAGAUCGUUCCGGGCGACCUCGUCGAGCUGAAGGUUGGCGAUACUAUACCUGCAGAUACCAGACUCGUUGAGACUGUGAACUUCGAGACCGACGAGGCUCUACUAACAGGAGAGUCCUUGCCGGUACGCAAAAACGCAGGUGACGUCUUCGCACCCGACACAGGUCCCGGUGACCGUCUGAACGUGGCGUAUAGCUCAUCGACCGUCACCAAGGGCCGUGCCACUGGCAUUGUCUUUGCAACAGGCAUGUCCACCGAGAUUGGCACCAUCGCUGCUGCCCUGCGUAAAAAGGAAGGCAAGGUGCGGCCAGUCAAGCGAAAGGAAGACGGCACAGCUCAUCCGCAUCGUUACCUGGAGGCUGCCGCCCUGACUGUCUACGAUGCAGUUGGCGCCUUUCUUGGUGUCAACAUUGGCACCCCACUGCAACAGAAGCUAUCAAGACUCGCCGUGCUCCUAUUUUUCGUCGCCGUCAUCUGCACCAUCAUCGUCUUGGCCGCAAACUACUUCCUCAGUCGCCAGGAAGUCAUUAUCUACGCCGUUGCAACGGGCUUGUCCAUGAUACCAGCGUCACUUGUUGUCGUCCUUACCAUUACUAUGGCAGCUGGCACAAAGCGAAUGGUGGAGCGCAAUGUGAUCGUACGUAAUCUGCGCAGUAUUGAGGCGCUUGGCGGCGUGACCGAUAUCUGCUCCGAUAAGACUGGAACCCUGACGCAAGGCAAGAUGGUGGCCAAGAAGGCUUGGAUACCUGCCACUGGCACGUACACCAUUGGCGACAUCGAGGAACCCUUUAACCCUACGAAGGGCGAGAUAUCUCACUGCUCAAAGGAGCCCCGGGAGAUGAGUGAAGAGGGGCAGGGAGAAAGGACAUCGUAUGCUGAGCUUGUGCAACGUAGUGACGACCUGAAAGAGUAUCUGCGUGUUGCUUCCUUGGCGAACCUGGCCCAUGUCCGAGAGACCGAGACCGGCAGUUGGACAGCGCGUGGUGACCCUACCGAGAUCGCCAUCCAGGUUUUCGCCACCCGUUUCCGCUGGAACAGGCGUGAUUCUACUGCCGGAGAACAGCCGGCGUGGAAGCUGUUGCAGGAGUUUCCCUUCGACUCGGAUGUCAAGAAGAUGAGCGUUCUCUACAAAGACCAGCACAGCGGCAAGGUGUUCGCGUUCACCAAAGGCGCUGUUGAGCGGGUAAUAACGUCUUGUACCUCGUACAUGGGGGAGGGAAACGGCGAACUGCAGUCGAUGACAGACGAGUACCGGGAACGCAUCCUCGAGAACAUGGAAGGGUUCGCCAGACUUGGUUUACGAGUGCUCGCUUUGGCAGGCAAGGAGUUCAAUGAGGAUUAUGAAGAUGGGGUCGAGAUUGACCGCAACACAAUCGAGGCCAAGCUCACGUUUCGCGGCCUUAUUGGACUGUACGACCCACCACGGACGGAGUCCGCCGCAUCGGUCAAGGAGUGCCACGAAGCCGGCAUUGAAGUCCAUAUGCUCACAGGAGACCACCCAGGCACUGCUCGUGCUAUCGCGAGCCAGGUUGGCAUCCUGCCGAAGAACACACAUGAGCUUAGCAAAGAUGUCGCGGACUCGAUGGUGAUGACAGCCGCACAAUUUGACAAGCUUACAGACGACCAGAUCGACGACCUGCCUGUGCUACCUCUCGUCAUCGCGCGUUGCGCGCCCAGCACCAAGGUCCGUAUGAUUGAGGCCCUCCAUCGCCGCAAGAGAUUUGCUGCCAUGACUGGUGAUGGCGUAAACGACUCGCCGUCCCUCAAACGCGCAGACAUCGGCAUAGCAAUGGGCCAGGCGGGUUCAGAUGUUGCCAAGGAUGCGAGCGAUAUCAUCCUCAGCGAUGAUAAUUUCGCCAGUAUACUUGCUGCCGUUGAAGAAGGUCGCCGGACGUUCGACAACAUCAAGAAGUUUGUGUUGCAUCUGCUGGCGCAAAACAUCGCCCAGGCUUUGAUCCUGUUGAUCGGUCUUAUUAUCAAGGACGGUGAAGGCAUAUCUGUCUUCCCCAUCGCACCAGUGGAGAUAUUGUGGAUCAUCAUGAUCACCUCCGGCCUUCCGGAUAUGGGGCUGGGGUUCGAGAAGGCUGCGCCUGAUGUUAUGGAACGCCCGCCGCAGAACCUCAAGGCAGGCGUGUUCACUGUAGAGGUUCUGUGCGAUAUGGUCGUCUAUGGGUUCUGGGUCGCAGCGCUCUGCCUGGCCGCUUUCGUCAUUGUUCUAUACGGCUUCGGAGACGGAGUCAUCGGCUUCCGAUGCAACGAGAGCAUCGGUGACGGUUGUGAGACCGUGUUCCGCGCACGAGCAACCUGUUUUGCUACGCUGACAUGGUUCUCCCUCUUUCUUGCAUGGGAGGUGAUCGACAUGCGCCGCUCUUUCUUCAACAUGCAACCCGGAUCCAAGCGUUACCUUACGCAAUGGCUGAUCGAUAUCUGGCACAACCAGUUCCUCUUUUGGGCUGUAAUGACUGGUUUCGGCACAAUCUUCCCGAUCCUCUACAUUCCAGGCUUGAGCAAUAUCGUCUUCAAGCACACAGGAAUCUCUUGGGAAUGGGCUAUUGUCUUCAUCGGAUCAUUCUUGUUCUUCGCUGGUGUUGAGACAUACAAAUACGGUAAGCGAGCGUGGCUGAGGCGCAGAGCGGCGAAGACGGAGAGCGCUGUUGGGAGCCAGAGUGACGAGAUGAAGCCGUUUGCGCGCUACUUGACAGACUCAAGCUUGAAGAAGGACGCUGAGAAAGCGUAAACAUGGAAAGCAUAUCGGUCUGGACAGGUGCUUCCGAUAGCGGUUAUAGACGAAGAGUUUGUGAACCAAGUGUUUGCAUGCAUGGAUCCACGCAAUUGAUCGUGUUGGAAUCAGCUUGUUG